GCUGCCAACUCGAUUUAAAUGUUUAUCUUUGAUAGUUUGUUUUUUGACAACUCAAAUAAAAAAGCAAUUAUGAAAAUCUGACAAAAUCUUUCAGUUGCAAAUAUUUUGGACACAUAUUCAAAAUUCUCUAUGUAUUUCAAUAGUUUUAACUAAAAACAAUCCAUUAUAUUGUGCAAAGGGGCUGUGGUUUAAAUAUAAGUGAAGGUUGAGAAAAUGGGCUUUGGAUUAUUACGAAAACUUAAAAGCAAUACACGACAGCUGAUAUUUACCGCUGAUAUAUUUUUACAUACAAUAAAAAGAGAUUUAACAAAACAGCCACCUAAAAAAUUAGCUGAAGUAGGACGACUAGAACCAAUUAAAAUAGAGGGAAAAUAUGAAACUGGACAGCUCUUUUUGCAUCGUAUAUUUGGAUACCGUGGCGUUGUGUUAUUUCCAUGGUCAGCACGUGUGUAUGAUCGCGACUUGCACAACCCUAGUAAACAAUCUACGGAAAAACAGAAGCUAACGGAAUCAGCUUUUAUUAUAGACAAAGGGAAAAAAAUUCCAAGCAAUAAUGCAGAUGUAGAAAAGGAUAAAAGUGGUAUUAUAGACGUUGGAACAUCCGACAAACAAACAAUACGACAAGAUUCAGCAGUUAGUAAUACUGAGACGAGUUCUAAAGAGGUUAAGGGUAAAUUACAUACGUUUUACCAAGUCCUUAUUGAUUCAAGAGAUUGUCCUUUUAUUAGGGCACAAACUGAAGCUGUAACAUUUUUAGGCAACCAGGAUUCAAAUCGGAGUUUGUAUGCUAUACCUGGCCUUGAUUAUGUUGCACAUGAUGAUAUUAUGCCAUAUUCAUCAGCUGAAAAAAAUCCCCUUCAUCAUGAACUGUUUGAAAAAUUCUUAGCACCAGAUGCUGAAAAAGAUCCACCCUUUAAGGCACAUGAUACAUUAAAAGCAUGGCAAGAGAAAAAUCAUCCUUGGUUAGAAUUAAGCGAUGUGCAUAGAGAAACAACUGAAAAUGUACGGAUUACUGUCAUACCCUUUUAUAUGGGUUGCCGAGAAACACCAGCGUCAUCUGUAUAUUGGUGGCGGUAUUGUAUUCGAUUAGAAAAUCUUGGAGAAAUGAGUGUGCAGCUACGGGAAAGACAUUGGCGUAUAUUUUCACUUUCUGGGACGCUUGAAACAGUCCGUGGUCGAGGUGUAGUUGGUCAAGAACCAAUAUUAAGUGCUCGCUUACCUGCGUUUCAAUAUAGUAGUCAUGUGAGCUUGCAAGCGCCAAGUGGACAUAUGUGGGGCACAUUUCGAUUGGAAAGGGAAGAUGGUCAUACAUUUGAUUGCAAAAUACCUCCAUUCUCACUUGAAAGUAAACCCGAAGAUGGUACUCCUGAAAAGAUCGGUACAAGCUCGAAGCAUGAUGGUACGGAAUGAGGCCAAAUAGUAAAAUCUUUUGAUUGAUGAACUCUUGUAGCUUUAAAAAAAAUACAUCUUGUUUUUAGAAAUAAAAUAUACCAAAUUUAAGUAGUGAACAAAUUUUGGUUGUUACAGAA